ACACCACCCCCACACCACCCCCACACUACACCCACACCACCCCCACACUACACCCACACCACCCCCAUACACCCACACCCACCCACACCCACGCCCCCCUGCUCCACCAAUGCUGCCCAUUCUUUCGCCCCCCAGCCAACACCACAACACCUUAAAGGACCUGAAUAUCCUCCAAUUUCACUCCCUCCUUCCCUCCCUUCCUUCAACCCAACACGAAACUUUUCAUCUUUUCCAACUCCCCAAAGGCUCGACGCCAGUGUAUCUGUGAUCACACAUUCCUUCAGAACAAACCAAAAAGCAAAUAAACAACUUCGAGAUAAACGUUUCUCAACAACUAUCCUUGAAUCGCCAGUCGAUCACCAAAAUCGCACAUACACAUCAAAACACAUCAAAUCAAAUCAACUCAAACCCCCAACACCGCAAUCAUGCAAUACAGUUUCGUCGCCGCCGGAGCCCUGCUCCUCGCCACUGUCGCCGCGCAGCCCCACGGCCACUACAACCGCCACGCGCGCCGCGCCCCCGCCGUCGUCACCAACGUCGUCGACGUCUACGAGACCGUCAUGCUCACCGCCACCGUCUGGGUCGACGAGCAGGGCAACACCAUCUCUGCCCCCGUGACCGGCACUGAUGCGUCCACUGUCACCGGCUCCCCCCGCACCACCGUCAAGCCGGGAGAAUUCAACGAGCCGACCAAGACCCAGGCCCCGGCCCCGGUCGUGCCGACCCCGUCUCCAUCUUCUGAGGCUGUUGCCGCUGCCCCGUCUGCACCUAAGACGACAACCAUCCAAGUCGCGUCUGUGACUCCCCCGGCCCCCGUCGCCCCCGUCAUCCCAACCAGCGUCGCCGCGCCCGUCGUAAACACCCCCGCCGCUGUCGCCGCGCCCGCCGCGCCCGCCGCUGUCAACAACCCCGUCGCCCCGCCCGCCGUCGUCUCCACCGGCGGCUCCUCAAACGGGGAGUGCAGCUCCGGCUCUCCCUGCUCGGGCGACAUCACCUUCUACGAAGCUGGGCUCGGCGCAUGCGGCGAGACGACCAACGGGUCAACUGACAAGGUCGUCGCGCUCCCCCACGAGUUCAUGGGGACGCAGAGCAAUGGGAACCCGUUCUGCGGGAAGACGGUUACUAUUAACCAUAAGGGGGCUACUGUCCAGGCUAAGGUUGUGGAUAAGUGUAUGGGCUGCGUUGGACGCGAUUUGGAUCUUUCGAAUGCUGCUUUCGAUGGCCUUGGAAUCGCACAGAGCGUUGGUCGCACGACCGCCGAUUGGUACUUCAACUAAGUGCCCGUCAAGCGAGGGCGUGGAUGGGGUGGAUGAGCCGAGCUCUCUGCCGAAGGGCGCGUGGGGACUGCGUGUCGCGAGUUCGAUGAUGCGGGAUCCUACGGCGUUUGGGGGACCGGGGUUAUAGAUUGCUACAGGAUUAGAACAGGCGUACAUUUCUGGAAAACACAAGUACUUCGCCAGUAUCCUAUUCUAUCCUUCCUUCAGUUGACUGGAGGUGGUUGGGUAAGGGGGCUUGGUGAAGGAAGGGGGGCGGGAGUUUUAGCUCCGCCACCUUUUUACGAAUAUCAUGAUAAAAAAAAAGAGACAACUUAUCUAUCUUCUUCGCCUCUCACACUGCGAACGGAGGACGGCGCUCGGGUUUUUUACCGGAGAUGGGGGACAAGGUUUCGCAAAUUGUUCUUCUUGACAAGACAAGGCUUCGGUGUGGGCUUGGGAGUUGGUUUUCGGAGGGGUGGGAAAGGCGAAAUGGGGGGUUGUGUGUUGCAUACUUUCGUUUCGUGUUGUAUAUAUUUUACAUACUGUGUGCAGAUUUCUCACUUUGUGAGGAUGCAAUAUCACUUUCUUUAUGUUUUGAUGUCUUGGCUUGUUUGUGUCUGUCUGUGGUGCGAGAGUGAGCUGUGGGCUUAUGAUUGUGAGAGUAAGGGGGUCUUGUAACCCAGCCAGCUGGCCAGUCUACCCCCCGUAUGUCCCCUCGCCCUGCAACUUCCCGUCUCGUGGUAGUCACCUGGCAAUCUCAAUAGCACAGAACAGCACAACAUAGAAGCAAGGCCUAUCUUCCCUAUCCGCUAUAACCUCUAUUCCGUGCGUCUCCUCACCGAUCCAUAGAGGCUUUGGUGUCGUCCAGGGCAGGGGUGGGCGAGAAGGGGUCGUCGGAGGGGCACUGGUAGCGACGGGGCGGGACGGCCGCCUUCGGUGCCGGAUUUGCGCAGCUUAAGUAGUCUGACUUGAAAUAUGCGCAAAUUAUAAGCGAGGAUAUAAUAAGGCACGUUUAAGUCAGGAGCGUGUGGGAUUAGUUAAGAGUAGUUAGUGCAUAGUAGCGAGAGAAGGUAGGAAUGGGCAUUUACCAGCGACAGGGCGGCACGGCCGCCCUCGGCGCCGGUUUUGGGCAAAUGAACAAGCUAAUUGAAAAGUGCGCGAAACAGAAGCGAGGGUCUAUAAUUGCACAGUAAUAGGCGUGCAAUAGCGACAACUUAACUUAGCUUGCAAGCGGCGGCAGAAAGCGGUGGGCUGUGAAGGGUUGCAGGUGUGAAGG